UACACAUAUCAAGGCCUCCUUUCACUCCUGUGGGGUCCAGGAACAAUAUUUCUUAUUUCUCAACCGGUAGGACAAACCCGCCCACUGUCACCUCCUAGCUCUAUAUAAGACAGCAAAAGGACUUGGUGAUAAUAACUUGGUUUCAAGACAAGCUUUGCCAUGCAGUGUAAAGUCCUCGUCUAUGUUGUGCUCCUGACUCUCAUAAAGCAUGUGUCUCUGAGUGUAAUUCAGACCAGCCCAAAUACAAAUGCAACCCUCCCCUGCAACGUCACCAUAAAAGGGGACUUGCUUGACAUGUCUCUGGUCAAAGUCAACUGGAUAAGAAACAGCUCCGAUAUUGCCUCAUAUGGAAAUGCAACAACGGAAAUAAAGGAAGGCUUCAGCUGGGACACCACUGAUUUCAUCAAUGGUGACUUUUCACUCACCGUCCUCAAAGCCAGCCUCAGUCUGCAGGGGGUGUAUGAAUGCACAGUCAGCUACAACUCCUCAGUUCUGCACUCCAGUAAUGUUUCAUUCAGUAUCCUUGCUCCCCCCUCUCUGUCAGUGCCUCAGCAGUGGGUGGUGUUAGAAAGGCAGGCCCAGCUUGAGUGUCGUGCAAAUGGUUUCUAUCCUCCUCCUGUUUCUUUCUCCUGGACCAGAGAUGGGCAAGUGAUUCAGCCUCCCUACCAAGUAGAAGAAGAACUGACUCCAGAUGGGUAUUACACAGCGGUGGGGAACCUCACCUUCUACCCUUCCCGAGAGGACCAGAAUGUGAUCUUUGGCUGCAAAGUGUUACACAGUGGCAGCUAUGAAGAGCUGGAUUUUCAGCUCAAUAUCACCUAUCUCCCCUCUGUCAAACUGUCAGCAGUGAAGCCUCAGUCCAAUUACGUUCCUCUUACUCUUUACUGUGAUGUGGAGAGUUUCUACCCAGAAGAAGUUUCUGUGUCCUGGUCUCAAAAUGGCACAACCCUCCCUGAUCUUCCUGUCAUUGAGCAGAACUCAGACCAGACCUACAAGACUAGACGCUAUUUUACUUUGAGCCCCGAGCAAAGAAGUCAGCAGGGAAAAGUGGAGUGUGCAGUAAACCAACCUGGGGUUGUACAUCCUGUUAAAGUCUCAGUAGACCUGGACAAACUGGAUCCUCAAGAUGAGGCCCCAGUGUUAAAUAAAUCAGCCAAAGCGUCUGUGGCUACCAUGUGUAUCUCUAUAGUGCUGGUCUUCCUGCUUUGCUUUGGCUUUUCCUGGAGAAGAAGAGAUGAGAAACAGAAGUCUCUCAUUGUGUCUGGGAUGAUCCUCCCCCCACGCAUUGUUGUAGGUCAAAAGGGCAGAGUGACAGUGAGCAUUGAAGGGAGGCGGGUGGACCGAGUCCAGACCGCAUGGUUUCUCAAUGACACUCCCAUCUUUGACACCUCUCUCACAGGAACUUCCAAAUCUAACUUUAACUGCCUCUACAACCCCCUAACCACCAUCCAUCUACCCUAUGGUCUAACUCUCACCUCCCUAGCAUCAGAGAAAGGUCCUCUCCUGCCCUCCAAAGGUGAGAUUGGGUACUACAAGCUGCGCACUCAGGGACCGCUGCACUCCUCAAAAAGUGGAAGUCAGCAGCUGAUCUCCGCCCUCACCUUCAUCCCCCAGAUUUCAAUCCACAAGGGUGCUGUGUUUAAGUGUCAAGUGUCCUACACUGGCAAGGACAAGAUUGUGGAGGAGAGAGUGUCAGAUAAGUUUACUAUUCUUUCUCCACCAGAAGUGUCAGAAAUACAGCUAGAAGAGACACAAAAAGACUCAGAGGUCAUCAACAUGACGGUCCGAGCGUCAAAUUUCCAUCCAGAUGUCAUCACCUUCCGCUGGUUCUGCCAGGGCGGUGAGCUCAGUCCCGUAGCAUCCCAGGCUUCAUCAUCCCCUCGGCCAAAUUCUGAGGGAUUCUUUUCUGCAUUCAGUCAGUGCAAACUUCCCCGGAGUGAGCUAGAAAAGGGAGCAACAAAGGUGUGGGUCAGUGUCCACCACACUGCCCUUAAGCAGCCAAUCACCCGCGAGACCAGAGGCUUCAUCAAAAAGCCAUGCGUGGCUGAAAUCGUAUGUUCCACCAACUCCUCAGAUCAGCCUUCCACUUUGGGAUGCGAAAUCACAGAUUUCUACCCUCCAAACAUAUCAAUCACUUGGCUGAAACUUAGAGAUGGAGAACAGGAUGACAGGGAGGAAGAGGUGAUAGAAGGGGGAGAGUUGUGGGGCCCCAUUCAAAUUCAUCCCAAGCUCUUCAAGGCUGUGGCCACUCUGAAGAGAGGAGCAACCCAUCAGGAGAAAAAGGACACAAGAGGAGGGAUUACCUGUAGAGUGGAACAUUGUUCUCUAAACAAACCAAUAGAGAGACACUGGAAAAAUGGGGACACUGUUGCUCCCUCCAUUCCUCCAUUGAUCUCAGUCUGUUGGAGCAGCGAAGGCGUUGGUGUGUUCUCUCUCUUGUUGAAGGGAGGUCACCCAAAGGUAAAAUUACUCUGGACAGCAGGAGGACCCACCUUCUCUCCAUUAGUGUCCUGUGAGAUGGAGGAGAUUGGAGAUGAUGGGCAGAGAGAGCUGAAAAGUGUGUGCGCCUUGGAGAGGUCCACAAGCCUGCCAAGUCUGACAAGCAAGCAAGCGAAGAAACAGAAGAACAGACCUGCAAUAAAAACAAAAGCUGCAGUCACAGACCCUGACACCGAAGGAAUACAAUACAUAGAUGAAAAAGUGGAUGGAGAGAAUAACAACAUCGACAGGGAUGAGGAAACAAUAUCUGAGGCAGACGAGGACAGCGACAAAGAAAAAGAGGACAAUCCGGGUGCUCUGCACAUCAACAGAAUCAACUUGAGGAGGGGUACCAGAGAAAAUGAGAGAGCACGAUUGAGAGUGUGUGUAGAAAUUACACACCCUGCACUCAAGCUUCCUGUUUAUCGAAUAUGGACAGAGCCCAAUGAGGAAAUUUCAUCUUCCGCAUGAAAGAACUACAAGACUGUCUUCUUAUUUUAUCCACUGCUUAUAAUAUCUAAUAUUUAUCCCUAUAGUAAAUAUGAAUCCAACUGUAGAUGAUAUGAAAAGUAGUUUUUGCAGCCUAUUUAUAAAAUUGUUCUUUACUUCUUCUUCCAAAACCCAAUAUUUUUUCUUUUCUUUUUCAGAAAUUGUUGUAUAAAAAAUUAUCUAAACCUGUAUUGUAAAAUAAAGACUAAAUUAUUUUGGUUGA